AGGAGGAUCAGGCAGAAUGAGCCCCUCUAACCUUGGCUGAUCCCACAGAACGGAAGCAAUUCCACUUGCAAGUUCUUGAGUUUGUUCUGCAUUGAAUUUGGAUGGGCUGAACCUUUCCAAGACUUAAUGACUGUCAUUUUGCUUGAACCAAAACAUUUCCUUAAAGCUCAGGAAGUUCUUUGCCUGCUCAUGGGUCCUCCUGUGUUUGUCCCAGCAGUCAGGGCUAGGACUAAAUGGACAAAGUGACAUUUUCUUGGCAAAGCCAAUCAGCUCUUGGGCAGCUUCAGAGCUCCACAGCCAGGACCCACUAAUUGGUUGUUAAAUUGGGUAAAUCUUCCUGCAUCCCAGGGCUGUGGCAGCCCCUGUAUGUAUCUGUACAUGGCACUCUGCAUUGAUAAAACUGCUGGAAUUCAGGUUGGGAAUCACAGGAAUGAUCCCUAUGGUGUUUUUGGUACCUGUCUGCAGGUAGAAAAUGCACUGUGAAAAGCUGGCAUGGAUCUUGAAGAAAUUUCUCAGAUGGGAUGCAGCAGCUUGUCUAAAAGCAUCCUCCCUGUCCCUCAGCUGGUUUUGAGCCUCCUGUCCCCACUCUCUGAUGCUGGAGCAAGUGCUGAAGGAUGCAGCCGCAGGCGCCCGGGGCUGUCUCGCUGACAAGGAGAUUCCUCAAAAGCCUGCGGUGGAGACGUAGGAUCUUCAAGCAAAUUCUGGCAGCUGGAUCCCGAUAGCAGAUAAACUCAUUUGACCACCAUGAGUUGGAGUUUCCUGACCCGCCUGUUAGAGGAGAUCCAGAACCAUUCAACCUUUGUUGGCAAGAUCUGGCUGACAGUGUUGAUUGUGUUUCGGAUCGUCCUGAUCGCCGUGGGAGGAGAAUCCAUUUAUUACGACGAGCAGAGCAAGUUUGUGUGCAACACGGAGCAGCCGGGCUGCGAGAACGUCUGCUACGACUCCUUCGCUCCUCUCUCCCACGUCAGGUUCUGGGUGUUCCAGAUCAUCCUCGUGGCCACUCCCUCGGUGCUCUACCUAGGCUAUGCCAUCCACAAAAUCGCCAGGAUGGUGGAGCACAGCGAGGCCACCAGGAGAGCCAGGAGGAGGAGCUUGCCCAUCCGCUGGAAACAGCACCGGGGCUUGGAGGAAGCUGAGGGUGACCACGAGGAAGAUCCCAUGAUGUACCCGGAGAUCGAGGUGGAGAGCGUCAGGGAGAGCAAGGAGAAGCAGAGCCCGGCCAAAGCCAAGCACGACAGCCGGCGGCAGAUCCGGGAGGACGGGCUCAUGAGGAUUUAUGUCCUGCAGCUCCUGGCCAGGGCCCUGUUUGAGGUUGGCUUCCUGGUGGGGCAGUAUUUCCUCUACGGCUUCCAGGUGAGCCCCGUGUUCGUGUGCAGCAGGAAGCCCUGCCCGCACAACGUCGAUUGUUUCAUUUCCAGGCCGACGGAAAAAACCAUUUUCCUGCUGAUAAUGUACGGCGUGAGCUGCAUGUGCCUGCUCCUGAACGUGUGGGAGAUGCUGCACUUGGGCUUUGGCACCAUCCGGGACACCUUGAACGCCAAGAAGAAGGAGAUGGUUGACUCUGGGACCUUUAACUACCCCUUCACCUGGAACACACCCUCGGCUCCCCCGGGCUACAACAUCUCCCUGAAGCCGGAGCAGAUGCAGUGCACGGAGCUGGCCAACGCCAAGAUGGCCUACAGGCAGAACAAAGCCAACAUAGCUCAGGAACAGCAGUAUGGCAGCAACGAGGGCAACAUCCCCAGCGACCUGGAGAUCCUGCAGAGGGAAAUCAAAGUGGCUCAGGACCGCCUGGACCUCGCCAUCCAGGCUUACAACAACCAAAACAACCCCAGCGGCUCCAGAGGGAAGAAAUCCAAAGCUGGCUCCAACAAAAGCAGUGCCAGCAGCAAGUCAGGAGAUGGGAAGAACUCGGUCUGGAUUUAAUGUUGGCUCGGUUGAUAUGCUGUGGUUUUUUUCCCCCCUAGUUUAUCAUAACCAGCAGUCCCAUGAAUAAUGGCUUCCAUUAAGGGAAUAUUUGACUCUGCUGAUUUUCAGGGAUACCGUUGGCUCGUGAUUCAGCCCCAGAAAGGGUUUAUACACUGACUCUAGGACUUUAGAACUUUAUUCUUUUGUCUUCCAAGUCAGGAGACAAAUAGGUAUAUUUAAUUCAUUCUCAUUGAACGGUUUAUGCUGUAUGUACAGUAUUAUAGUACAUUUAUUAUGCACAAUUUUUUUUGUAUUUGUACACUGGAUCUGAUGUUACACUUUUUAUAUCAACAAGGACAAAGCAAUGGAUAGCCAUUAGCAUUUUGUUAAUUUUAUUAUUGUUGUCUGCAGUUAUGUCAUUGUUCUUCCUUGUUUUCCAAGUAAAACUUUUUAUAAAACUUUUC